AUGCAACAAUUUUUUAAAUUAUAACUUUGAAAGGCUGAUGAGUAUCGGUACGUGUGCUAAAGAAAUCCUGCGUAAACACCUGCUAUCUUUAACUCAUAACACCAUUCAAGGCACCAAAAACUGAUGUUCUUUAAAAUCAUGACGAAAAACACACCUUGGGUGCUUUACAAAAAAAAAAGAAGAAGAAAGAAAAGAAAACAACUAGGUAUUACAAUGGAUGAAUAAAAACCUUUCCUCUAAAAGAACAGACAAAUCUGAAUUUAAAAAGCAUACACAGAAUUGAACAGAACUUCUUGAAGAGCCUUUCACGCAGUUAAACUAUUUGCAGACCACAGUUUCAUCUACGUCAAUAUGCAACAUUUUAAAACCACACAAAAAGGAAAGGAAACGUUUAGUACAGCCAGCGGUCCUGCGAUGGGGCUGCUCCUGCCCUAGCUAGCAGCACUAUCCAGGCUUCUCCGAAGACUUGGAGCAAGGCCCGCUGAGGCUCAGAGAAUAUACUUCCAGUCAUCCUUACUCUUCCUCAAGAUGACAAACAGUUCUACCUUCUGUCCAGUUUACACAGACCUGGAGCCAUUCACGUAUUUUUUUUAUUUAGUUUUCCUUGUUGGAAUUAUUGGAAGCUGUUUCGCAACCUGGGCUUUCAUACAGAACAACGCGAACCACAGGUGUGUAAGCAUAUACUUACUUAAUUUGCUCACAGCUGACUUCCUGCUGACUCUGGCGUUACCAGUGAAAAUAGCUGUCGACUUGGGUGUGGCACCCUGGAAGCUAAGGAUAUUCCACUGCCAAGUAACAGCCUGCCUUAUCUACAUUAAUAUGUACUUAUCAAUUAUAUUCUUGGCAUUUGUUAGCAUUGAUCGCUGUCUUCAGUUGACACACAGCUUCAAGAUCUAUCGAAUACAAGAACCUGGAUUUGCCAAAAUGAUAUCGACCGUUGUGUGGCUCAUGGUCCUCCUUAUCAUGGUGCCAAAUAUGGUAAUUCCUAUCAAAGACAUCAAGGAAAAACCCAACGUGGGUUGCAUGGAAUUCAAAAAAGAGUUUGGAAGAAACUGGCAUCUGCUGACAAAUUUCAUAUGCAUAGCGAUAUUUUUAAACUUCUCAGCCAUCAUCUUAAUAUCUAACUGCCUUGUAAUUCGACAACUCUACAGAAACAAAGACAAUGAAAAUUAUCCAAACGUGAAAAGAGCUCUCAUCAGUAUACUUUUAGUGACCGCAGGCUACAUCGUAUGUUUUGUUCCUUACCACAUUGUCCGAAUCCCAUACACCCUCAGCCAGACAACAGAGGUCAUAUCUGACUGCCCUACCAGGAUUUCCCUCUUCAAAGCCAAAGAGGCCACAUUGCUCCUGGCCGUGUCCAACCUGUGUUUCGAUCCGAUUCUGUACUAUCAUCUCUCAAAAGCUUUCCGCUUAAAGGUCACUGAGACUUUUGCUUCAAGUAAGGAGACCAAAGCUCAGAAAGGAAAAUCAAGCUGUGAAAGCAAUGCAUAAAAUACGGCAUUUUUCAUGCUAUCAUUUCUUGCCUCAUUGGACAAUUAAGUACCAAACUACUAGGAAGGAAGGGGAAAAAAGAGCCUCAGUAAUUACGUAAAAAUACCGGGGGCUAGCAAAUGUGGCUUGGUUUACGGAGCAGCCUUGUUUCUAAAUGCAAGCCAAGCAGUACUCUUGUUGACUCUCCUUAACCCAAAUGUUUGUACAAAAAACUAAUAAAUCUUGUUGAACCAGUACGAAACCUUGCAAUAGCCCUGAAAUCUAAAAUGAGUUCUAGGACACAGUCUUAGAGGUACUCAUGAGGCAUAAUUCAUUUAAAGGCCUGGAAUUGACUUUUUGAUAGAAAGAUGCAAAAUAAUCUCUAUAUAAGUUGCCAGAACGCCCUUCAGCAACAUAACUUAAAGCCCUUUAGAUAGCUUAAAAAAAAAAAAAAAAGCCAGCCGAUUUUUUUUUUACAUGAAACCACUUGUGCCUGAUUUAUUUUUAAUCCAUCACUUAAAAGAUGGUAACCUUUUAGCUCACCACUCCAAUUUUCAACAUCUAAUUGUUUCCUAACCCAAUAGCUAAAAAUUUUUACUUCUAAAAAGGCCUGAAAAUACAUAGUUUUUAAUGUACUGUAUAUAUCCUUAUAUUCUACCUGGGGGUUAUAAAUAAAGAUUUUCUACUGUCAGUAAUGACAAAUCCAUUGAUUUCUUAUUUUUAUUUUGCAGUAACACGAUAUAGACCUACAACGUCUGGCGGGGAGGGUGUUAAAUUUAACUGCUAAAACUACUCUUUUGCAACUAGCAACUCACAUCAAAGAUAUGGAAAAAUAACACAUCAAAUAGUCUUAAAAUAGAUAAGCUGGCUGCAUGCAGCAGGGGCAAGGCCUAGUCAGAAAUGCAGCACACUGUGGGAGGAUACAGCUCAACGGUACAGCACGUGCUUAGCAUGCACAAGGCCCCUGGGUUCAAUCUCCAGUACCUCCAAUAAACAAA